GAAAGCGAGUGCCCCGGAAAAGAGAAAGGGGUUUGGGCUACAACCAACCGGGGAAAAAACAUUUAACAGAGAAAAACCCUCACAUAACAAAACUAAUGAGGCUGACGUAUGGGCUGAGUUUCAGGUCAACAAAAGGCUGCUGGGCCACGAACCUCAGCCAGCAGUGCUUGCGUGGAUCCAGUAGGUUGUUUGUGCCACCAAGUCCUCCUGUAAAUCCUGAGGAAGUGAAAGAGUUCCAGCACUUCAUCUCCCUUUCCAAGAAACUCCUAGUGAUGACCGGGGCGGGAAUCUCCACCGAGUCGGGGAUUCCGGACUAUAGGUCGGAAAAGGUGGGACUUUACGCCCGCACCGCCCGGAGACCCAUCCAGCACAGCGAUUUCGUCCGCAGUGCCCCGAUCCGCCAGCGGUACUGGGCGCGGAACUUCGUGGGUUGGCCUCAGUUCUCCUCCCACCGGCCCAACCCGGCACACUGGGCUCUGAGCACCUGGGAGAGCCUCGGGAAGCUGCACUGGCUGGUGACGCAGAAUGUGGACGCUCUGCACACCAAGGCUGGCAGUCAGCGGCUGACGGAGCUCCACGGAUGCAUGCACAGGGUCCUCUGCUUGGACUGCGGCGCGCAGACCCCGCGGGAGGCGCUGCAGGAGCGCUUCCGAGUCCUGAACCCCAAGUGGGGCGCGGAGGCCCAGGGCCUUGCUCCGGAUGGCGAUGUCUUUCUCUCGGACGAGCAGGUACAGAGUUUUCAGGUGCCACCCUGCCUUCGAUGCGGAGGCCCUCUCAAACCAGAUGUCGUCUUCUUUGGGGACACGGUGGACGCUGCCAAGGUCGAUUUUGUGCACAAGCGCGUGAAAGAGGCCGACGCUGUGUUGGUGGUGGGCUCGUCCUUGCAGGUGUACUCUGGUUACAGGUUCAUCCUGACUGCCUGGGACAAGAAGAUACCGAUCGCCAUCCUGAACAUCGGGCCUACGCGCUCGGACCACUUGGCCUGUCUGAAGCUGAAUUCGCGCUGCGGGGAAUUGCUGCCUUUAAUAGACCCGCACUGACCACAGCCUGAUGUUCCUAGGCCGGAACAGGGAUCUUCCCUCCAAUCCUGCUGCUGAAGAUCGGAGGCCUCCUCCUUUCUUCCUCAAAACUCAUUGGCGCUCCUCCACUGCACCCUGUAGGGGGGCAGCAAACAGCCCUGUCUGCCGGGGAAAUCUCCAAGCUAGGCCUGUAUUGCAGAGCCAAGGAGUGAGCUGUCAGGCCAAUGAGGUUUACCCGGGAAAGACUUUUUUCAAAGAAACAGCUGCUCUUGAUGGUAAAACUGCAUUCAUUUCCUUUUCCUGCCAACUUCCAGAGGAAAUAGUCUUGGGAAAACGUAGGGCACAACGCUGCCAGGAGGGCUCACCCAGGGAGCACAUUCACUGUGUAAGUGCAGAAAAAAAUGACUUAGUGACUUAAUUUAUAACUCCAAAUGGUUGUGUCUUUAAUUGAACCAUUUUUAAAAAAUAAAUGUGAAUGAAUGUUUUAUUAA